UUUAACCUACUUUAACACGAUCACGUUUAUCUGCUGCAUUUCUAAACCACAAAGAAGCAAUGGAUAAUGCUUUAAUCUCGAAAUUGUUCACGCUUUGUCUGGAUAUGGCCAAGUAUCUCACCCUUGAAGAUGCUGGAACUACUUUGUUGUUGAGUUUAAUUGGAAGGCAGGUGACUCGUUUUAAGGUGAACGUAACAUGCACCGAUUUCGACUGGUUUAUAUUAAUUCGCCAUUUCCUGAACCAUAUAUCGAGGUGUCGAGAUGCAAUUAUGAGACUUUCGUCUGAUGCCAUGGUUGUUGUCUCAUCAGCAACUGUUGCCAUGUUUGUUUUCUCUGUUGUUUGUAUAUCUGUAGUGUAUAAUACAUACAAUUUGGCACCAACAUAUUAA